AGUUGUAUACAACAUUCUCACAGGAUUUUGUAUAUUUAUAUUAGGUUUAGGGGCUUUAACAAGUGUUGUGAUGUUACUUAGUAUCACAACGCAUCUAGACACUUUUCUACAAGUUAUUUGCUUGACUUUGGAUGAUAUUAAACGUACAGAGAAUUCAUGGCAACGAAAACAGAAACUUAUACUCGCCUACAGACAGCAAAUCUAUAUGUUACGGAUAUGGGUGAUUGUAAGUGAAAUGUUCAAAUGGUCUCUGUUGUUACACACAUUCAUAGCUGGAGUUACACUGGCUUUUUGUGUAAUAACAACGUUAAUUGCAAAAAUUUGAUGUUAAUACAUUUGGUAUUUCUAUUUGUUACCUUUUUGGGACUCUUAUUACUGGUGCGAUUGGUGAAAAAGUUGUUAAAUUUGUAAAUAUCGUCAAAUUUAAAAUCUUUCUACAGAGGUAAGGAAAAUAAAUUAUAUUUUAGGGUGAAGAUUUACGACAUACGACUUUUUAUGCAUGUCCAUGGGAUGGGGACGUUGUAACUGUCAGAUUUCUUAUGAUAAUGAAUAUUAAUUCCACAAAUAGAUUUGUAUUGCCAAUGGGUAACUACUAUAGUGUCUUUUCAAAUGAAUUUGUACUCUCUGUGUUUAAGUUUACUUAUUCUGUUGUAAUGCUGUAUAUCAAUAGCCGAUAGAAUACUUAUACAAAAAAUAGACUUUUAUUGUUUACAUUGCGCAUACAACCUGUUUUUUUAUAGAUGUAAGAUGUGUUCAGGUUAUAUUCUUCUCAGUUACUUAUUGGCCGUGAACGUGUUCACUUCUAUAUUAGAUAUUCCUUUAUUUUACUUAGUGACUUAAGUUAGUUAGUGUUAACCAGAGAUUAUUUUAAGUCAUGCCUUGCGAUUCUGAUUAUUUUGUGCGUGAAUUAGACAUUAAUUCAAGUGAUACUCAACUACACACACUAAAACUACAUCAGAAGUCAGUUGGAGAUGUGAAUUGUAUUGUGUGGGAUGCAUCCAUAGUUUUAGCUAAAUAUCUCGAAGUGUACAACUUGAAACAUCCAAAUUUUUUAGUAGAUGUGAAAGUUAUUGAGUUGGGAUCUGGUGUUGGAUGUGUGGGAUUGACUGCUGCAUUAUUAGGUGCAAAUGUUACACUAACAGACCUGCCUGAAACUAUAACUAUAUUGAAUGAUAAUAUUGCCUUCAACAAAGAUACAAUUAAUUCAUCUCAGGGAUCAGUCACUGCCAGAGUUUUAAACUGGUCUGAUAAAUUAGAUAUCAGUGCCAAUGACUAUCAACUUAUAAUUUUAUCUGAUUGUGUAUAUUAUUCAAAGUCAAUUAAAUCUUUGACACAAACAUUAGUGGAGCUGUGUGGUGAUAGUACUGAAAUAAUUCAGAGCCAAGAAAUAAGGGAUACUGAUAAACAAAAAGAGAUUUGGAAUUGUUAUUUACAACAAUUACAAAUGGAAUUUAAUGUUGAAGAAAUUCCAACUUCUCAACAACAUAUGGAAUUUUCUUGCAGAGAUAUUAAACUGCUGAAAAUUACUAAGAAAUAAAUAUAAUUUUACAAUUUAAACAAA